GCAAACAUGGCGUCCUGUGUUUCACCGCUACGCUCCUCCUUCACGCUUUGUAGCAGGUUAGCGCACCCUCACUACUGCUGCCGGGCCAAAUUGCGCAUACACAGAAAAUGCGACAGUCUCCGGAGACACGUACACCAGUCGGCGACAAGACAUGCCGCUGUGGUGAUUUCGGGGACGGCGUUGGCUCGUCAACUUCACAGAGAAAUCCAACGUGACGUGGAAGAGCUUGUCGCUCAGGGUAACAUGAGACCUCAUCUAGGAGUGGUCUUCGUGGGGGACGAUCCAGCCAGUCGGACCUACGUUAGGAACAAGACACGGGCUGCUAGCACUUUGGGUAUUUCCAGUGACACAGUGCUGCGACCUAGCUCCGUCUCCCAGGAGGAGCUGCUGGAUCUAAUUGACAAGAUGAACCGUGACUGGCGUGUCAGCGGACUGUUGGUGCAGCUGCCACUUCCUGACCACAUCAACGAAAGAGCAGUGUGUAAUGCCAUAGCUCCGGAGAAGGAUGUGGACGGCUUCCAUAUUGUGAAUAUCGGCAAGCUGUGUCUUGACCAGAAAUCCAUGGUGCCUGCCACGCCUGCAGCUGUGUGGGAGAUCAUCAAAAGAUCAGGUAUCGAGACAGUGGGAAAGAAUGUGUUGGUUGCUGGACGCUCCAAAAAUGUUGGGAUGCCUAUCGCGAUGUUACUGCACACCGAUCGCAACCACGAACGAUCUGGGGGUGAUGCCACAGUGACCAUCACUCACAGAUGUACGCCGAGGGAGCGACUGAAGGAGCUAACCAGCCUGGCAGACAUCAUUGUCGCUGCUGCAGGUGUUCCCGGGCUGAUCACGGCAGACAUGGUGAAAGAAAGUGCAGCAGUCAUUGAUGUGGGCAUCAACCGCAUCAUGGACCCUAAAACGGGGAAACUGAGGCUCAUUGGGGACGUGGACUUUGAGGGUGUGAAAGAGAAAGCUAGUUUCAUCACACCCGUUCCGGGAGGCGUGGGUCCGAUGACUGUGGCCAUGUUGAUGAAGAACACUGUGACCGCUGCCAGAAACGCACUGAUGCAUUAACACGGACCGAAAAAAAAGCCGCCUCAUGUCACUUGAAUGAUACGACACACAAAGACGCACACAUUUCACUACAAGACUCCAUACCUGCUGGGACGUUUACUUGACACGUUUAUACUGUAUAAUACCAUGGUUGUUUUUAUUUGCUGGUAUUUAUUUCUGAGAUUCAUAUUUUUUCUACUUCAAUUCCUGGUUGAACA